CUGCGGCGGGAGCCGGGGGACUUGGCUGAGUUGGGUCUUGUCGGGGUCCGGAGGUGAAGCCAGCUUGGGACGCCAAGGGGCAGUGCUGUGGGAGCUCGGACCCACCGCCGCCCCCUCCACUCUGCCGGGAUCCAGGCAAAGAGAAUAUUCCACUGAAUUGUAAUCAAGGUCCAAUUAUCCAUCCUUAUCAAUGGAAAAGACCAGCAUACCAGCAAAUGCAAAGUGCAUAUCUUAGGUGUAUAUGAUAGCUCCUAGCACCUGUGCAUGACAGCCCUGUCAACAAGAUCUUAGCUCACUACGAUCAGGCAAUGUGAAGCAGCCCAUUUUCAGAUUGCCUCUCGUCCUGUGCAGUUUUUAACCAACAUUGACACUGAAUGAGUGUGAGAUGUUAGACACUUCUAUUUCAUUGGGAGAUACUGAAUUAUGGUCAUGGCCUGUAGAAAUAUAAACAGAAAGAGUCACAUAGGACUUCAGCAGAUUUCAUCAUUAACAGAAACAGGACGCAGUUUCCUAGGCCCAGUAAAGUCCUCCAAGUUUAUUAUAGGUGAAGGAUCUCAAGAAAGUGUAUUAACCUGUUCUAUAGUAAGGCUUCUUGAAAAUCUGGAUUUAACUUGUUCAGCUGGACAACUUCUUUAUGAAACAGUGCAGUCACAGAAAAACGUGUAUGGGACUGGGACCAACACCUUGUUGUUUCUUGCUGGUGCUUGGAGCGUUGCUGCCCUAGAAUGCCUUCAGCAAGACAUCCCGAUUUCAGUCAUAGUGUCAGUGAUGUCAGAAGGCCUAAAGUCUUGCAGGGAAGAAGUUGUUUCUCUUCAGAUCCCUCUGUGUAAUAUAUUUGACAGCAUUAGAGACACGAAAUACCCUUUUCUUGGAACUCUGACCAUCAUUCCCAGUCCUCUUGUGCAGAUUCCACUGGAGGUUCCUUGGAUACAAAGAGAUCAUGACAAAAAAGAUGUGUCUUCUCAAUCAUCCACUCUUACGUUUUCUUCUGGGAGCUCUUCUGGAUUAUCUUCAAAACUCUCUUACUUCACUACUCAGUCUCUAACUAAAAAAAAUGAAGCUAUGUCUCAGUCUCCAAAAACCAAUAUAAUUACAAAUAGUCACACCAGAAAAUCAAGACUAAGCCAUAGCAGACAUUUUAAUAGGGCAGAACAUGAUGCUUAUCAGUCAAGCAAUGAAGGAUUUCCAAACUCUCAUUUUGAUUAUAAGUGCAAUGAUUUGGUACAGCUGGCAGUGGGUCUGAGUCAUGGAGAUCAUAGCAGUAUGGCAUUAGUAGAAGCAGCAGUGAAAUGCCAAUAUCAGAAUGCACAUGUUAGAAAUAGUUGUAGGGUACCAUUUCAGUUUGAUGUUUCAAAAAUUUCCACUUGCUGCUUACCAGGUAUAUCUGAAAGCAUAUCCUGUGUCUGCUCUGGCUAUCUAACUCUGGUAUCAAUAAGCUAUAAAACUACAAUCAGAGAACUCCAGAAUAAGCCUCUGCGGGUAGUUCUCAUUGAUGGUGACUUUAAAGAGAAUUACCACCACUUGGGAUUUAAUGAACCUGAAAAUGUUAAAACUGUUUUGGGAGAUACAGCAUAUCAGUAUCAAAAGAAACUCUGGCUGGAAAAUGUUUUGGAGAUAUUAAUCCAGUUAAAUGUAAAUCUAGUUAUGGUUCGAGGAACUGUGUCUGAAAAUUUAAUAGAAAAGUGUAUGCUUAGUAACUUGCUGAUCAUUGGUCAUGUCAGUCACCAUGCACUGCAGGAUUUUGCAGAAGUCACUGGAGCAGUGCAGGUGGUCUAUGCUACACAACUAAAUGAAGGCUGUGUGGGGAGUGGUGCCUAUGUGAGCUUGUGGAGACCCGGCCAACUGAACGCCAUAGAACAGAGUAACAAGAUAGUGGUCUUAUUAAAAGCCAAAGGAAUCCUUCUGGUGACAGCUGUGCUUGCUAGCCCAGUCAUAGCCCAGAUGCAGGCCAAGGAAGAUAUUUUCUGGACUUGUGCAUAUCGUUUGUAUCAUGCUCUGUUAGAGAAGAAGGUCUUCCUCGGAGGUGGUGCAGUUGAAGUCUUAUGCCUUUCCCAUCUUCAGAUGAUGAUAGAACAAUCUCUUAAAAAGACGGACAAGGAUUGUUCAGGAUGGUUUCCUGCUACUUCCUCUUGGAUGGCCUCAUCUCAGGCACUUUAUAGACCAGCUGUACUUAAAGCCUUGGCAGAUGGAUGGCAUAAGUACCUUUCAUCUGUCGUUUUCAACACUGGUACUUGCUCAUCAGAAAGUGAAGCCAGCACAUUCAUUCAAAACUAUCUCCAAAAAAUUACAAACUCUGGUUGUCCUUUAUUAUUCCUUCUGAAAGAAUAUGAUAAAUUGAGUAGCAAGAUUUUAAAUGUGGGUAUCCCUAGCAGACUAAAAGUAACCUCAAAGGUAUAUGAUGUUGUCACACCCAAGUUUGAAGCCUGGCGCAGAGCCCUAGAUUUAGUAUUAUUAGUACUUCAGACAGAUGCUGAAAUUAUUAUUGGGGCUAGGAAUACACAAUUAAACUCACAGGAAUCCGAUGAAUUUUUAUUAUUGUAGUUCUAUUUUACCAUAAUGUCAUAAGAAAAUAAUCACAAACUUUGAAGAAAAUCAAGGAUUCUUAGAAUAACUAAAUAAUAGCUUUAUUAAUAAUCCACUUCAUGGUGGAUCCAGAUGUAAAAAGAAAAAACUAAGUGCCUUUCUCUUCUUGAUAAUAAACUAUAAACUGUAGGUACAUUUGCUACUUAGUUUUCAAAAGAACACUAUUAGAAUUUAGCUAGAUAAGUUCUGGACCUGAAUGAUCCUAGCAUGUUUUGUUAUAGAAUUUGGGGAUUACAAAAUCCCCUACCCCAGAAGUAGAGGUGGAACAAGGAAGAAGUAUAAGUGAGAGACUAAAGUUGAUGUGCUGGAACAAUAAAGACAACAUGAAUUUUCAAUUUUUUCUUUUAUUUGGAGAAAGAAAAAGGAAUGUGUGAGGUUCAGUGUGAGAAAUGAAAUGAUUGGCCUCUCAUUUACCAACUGACUUCAAUCUAUUGCUGAAACCCUCACAUGGCUCACGAGCUGAGCUUCAUUUCUCUUUUCUUUGUUCAAGGCUGGAAUGGCAGGGAUAUUAAGGAUUAAAAUGUUCUUUGGAAGGAUGUCUGCACUUUAGCUGAGUUAAAAUAAUUGCAUUUGCCCUUUUGUGUUGGUUAAAAUAUGUGUAAGAUGAAUUUUUAAAAUUGGAUCAUUAUAUGUAAUGAUUGCUUACUAUGUAAAGAAUCCAUUUGGUGAAUGUUUGGAUGGAAAAAUCUCUGAAAUUUCAGAGUGUGUAAAUAUGUUUUUAAAUAUUGAGCUUUGUAUAUCAAGGUAUUUUCUAAAUCUUGGUUAUUGAGCUGAAUUUGGUUUAGCUUUUAAAUAUUUUUAAAAUGUUUUAAAGUCACAAUAAAUAUGGUCUUUGUUAUUCA